GUAAGUAUUUUUCUACUUCUUCAAAAUGGACCUUUAUGCAAAUAAUUCUGUAAACCACAGCACAGCUAUGAAGUUAUUGUUAUUAUUGUAUUAGUUAGUGUUAGUACAGAGACAAGUUAGCACAGCUCAUAUUAAGCUGUGAAGUUAGUAUCAUAGAUUAGGUAGAGUUGUUACUGUUGUUAGUAUGUGAUGAUGAUAUGAAGAAGAAAAAUGUUAAGCGAAGAAUGUGGAAUAUAGGUUAUGUUAUAAAUAAUUAGUAAAAUUCCAUUUAAGCUUUCAUAAAUUACUAAACACCGAGUGGUUUGAUUUUGUGAAUUGUCAUAACAAUGAUAUUCAAAAAACAAAUUGUAUCACAGAAAAUGUGGUGUACAUUAAGUGCAGUAUUAAAAUCGAAUGUAUCAAUUUGGUCCCCGUUAGCGGAGGCAUUUAAUACAAGACCAAUGCAGAAAUUUAAUUUCCGAAGACAAGAUGUAGGUUUAUUUGGUGUUAACGAGUUGAAAGCGUGUGAAGGAUUUCAAUCAUUAAGAGAUCAAUGUAUUUCAAAGACAGACAGUUUAAUAAAUGAGGCUUUAAAUGCAUCAAGACAUAGGAAGAUGGUAGAAAUAUUUGAUGAUAUGUCAGAUUCCUUAUGUCAAGUAGCGGAUUUAGCAGAAUUUAUUCGCUUAGCUCAUCCGGAAGCAAAAUAUAGUCGAGCUGCAGAAGAAGCUUGCUGUGCAGUUAGCGGAAUUGUUGAAAAAUUAAAUACAAAUGUGGAUCUGUAUAACGCGCUAAAGCAUUCAGUAUUAUGUGGUGACAUAAAAGCAACUACAACAAUUGACAAGCAUGUAGGUAAAUUAUUUCUUUUUGAUUUUGAACAGUGUGGUAUUCAUUUAUCAGAAUGGGAAAGAAACAGAAUUGUAUCUUUGAAUGAUGCCAUACUUAAUCUUGGACACCAAUUUGUUUCUGGAACGGCCAGCCCUAGAAUGGUUAAGAAAAGUCUGUUACCAAAUAAUGUCAGAGAUGUAUUUGUUAGUGAUAAUGAUGAAAUAAUAGUUUCUGGUUUAUAUACCGACUCCUUAAACCCUACAGCUCGUGAAAUGGCAUACAGGAUUUUUCUUUAUCCAGAUACUAAUCAGGACUUAAUUCUAAAUGAAUUACUUACGGCAAGGCAUGAGUUAGCGGAAAUUUGUGGAUUUUCUUCAUAUGCAGACAGAGCACUGCGUGGAGCUACAGUUGAUGAUCCGACCAAAGUGAAGACUUUUUUGUAUAAAUUAUCUCAAGGCAUAUGGUACAAGGCGAAACUUGAUUUUGAAUGCAUGGAAAACAUGAAGAAAGUGGAAAACUAUUUAUUUACUCCUUUAGGUUCCUGGGAUGUUCCAUAUUUUACCCAAAAGGCGAAAAAAGAUUGGUUUAGAGUAUCAUCUAAAGAAUAUUCACCUUAUUUUUCUUUAGGUGCUUGUAUGGAUGGGUUGAAUUUACUGUUUCAAUCAUUAUAUGGAAUUCAGCUUAUUAAUACAGAAGUUUCAGGUGGAGAAGUUUGGAACUCUGAUGUGUACAAGUUGUCGGUUAUACACGAAACUGAAGGACUGCUAGGUUAUAUUUACUGUGAUUUUUAUGAACGAACUGGAAAAUCGAAUCAAGACUGUCAUUUUACUAUUAGGGGUGGUCGAAGACUCGCUGAUGGCUCAUAUCAAUUACCUAUCGUUGUGCUCAUGUUAAACUUACCAACACCUAGAUGGUCGAGUCCAUCGUUAUUGUCACCUAAUAUGGUUGAUAAUUUAUUUCACGAAAUGGGCCAUGCUAUGCAUUCAAUGUUAGCACGUACUCAAUACCAGCAUGUAACUGGUACGAGGUGCAGUACUGAUUUUGCCGAAGUUCCGUCUGUGCUAAUGGAAUACUUUUCUUCUGAUCAUAGGGUACUAAAAAAAUUUGCCAAGCAUUUUCAAACUAAACAGCCAAUAUCUGAGGAUAUGCUACGAAGACUGUGUGCAUCUAAACGCUUAUUUACUGCUAGCGAAACACAGUUACAAAUAUUUUACGCUGCAAUAGAUCAGGCCUAUCAUGGAAAGCAUCCGUUAAAAGGUUCAACAACAGAAGUUUUAGCCGAAACCCAGAAAUCUUACUAUGGCUUGCCAUAUAUUACUAAUACUGCAUGGCAGCUUAGAUUUAGUCAUUUAGUUGGUUACGGAGCAAAAUAUUACUCAUAUUUAGUGUCGAGGGCUUUAGCGUACUCAAUCUGGCAAACAUAUUUUGAAAAUGAUCCUUUCAGUCGUGAAAAAGGAGAAAAAUAUCGUCAUGAAUGUCUCGCUUAUGGAGGUGGUAAACAUCCUAAAGAUUUAAUAACAGACUUUUUACAGGUGGAACCUACUCCGGACAUCCUAGCUCGUUCUCUUUUAAAUGAAAUUGACUAUCACCAAAGUCAAGUUGAUCUUGUUUUAGGUAAAAAAAUUUAAAAAUCUAUAUACCUAUCUGCUCGUCUGCAAUUUCUAAACAAUCUCGAAAGUGCUUCCUUUAAUGUAGAUAUUGGUAUUUGUACCUCUAAUUGGAUCAGCCAAUUAAUUUGAAGUCAUUUAAGUUUCAAGAUAAACGUUAUGUAUCUCCUUUAAAGAUUUGUUGAGUUAGCAAAUUUUUUUUUAUAUAAUUUAGUGUUUAUUCAUGUAUUUGAUUGUAAAAGUAGUUAAACUGAAAAUAUACAUUUUAGAAUUAGAAGAACAGUAUUUUUGUAUAAUGGAUUUUUUUUAAUAUACAGUAUGGCCUACCAAGA